CAAUAGUAGGGGAAAACAUAUAAACUAUAACCAAAAUACGAGAUAUAUAUACGAUUUAUAAUAUCUAAUAAUUAUUUCAAGUAACAUUUUUAUAAACUGCCUUAGUUAUAUAACCUCAUCAUUUUGAUAGGCAGCCCAGGGUUCGUUUAAGACGUAUACUCCAGGAAGUAAACACGUUUAGGCACCCGAGUGCGUUUUAGUAGGCGACAAUCUGACCCCAGUAACACAGAAAUGGAUCGGUUUUCUUGGUCAAACGGUUUGUUGGAAAUUAACGAGACUUUAGUAAUACAACAACGAGGCGUCAAGUUGUAUGAUGGUGACGAUAAGGCUAAACUUGACAUUGGAAUUGCCUUGCUGAGCACCCAUCGUUUGAUUUGGAGGGACGGUAAAAAUCAUGACUGCUGUAUUUCCAUGCCAUUGUCACAAAUAAUAUUUUUUGAGGAGCAGGCUGCAGGAAUAGGGAAAAGUGCAAAAAUUGUUAUACACCUGCAUCCGGUACCUGCCAACAAGGAGCAAGGUCCCUACCAAAACAGCAAGUUUUCCUACAUCAAGCUCUCUUUUAAAGAACAUGGUCAGAUUGAGUUUUUCAGGAGGCUAAAUGAGGAGAUGACUCAAAAAAGAUGGGAGAACACACCCGCUUCCCAACCCAUCCCAACAGGAGUCGGCUCGCAGGCAGGAAGGAUACGAGCGGUCGGGAUUGUUGGCAUCGAGCGAAAGAUAGAAGAGAGGAGGAAAGAAACUGACAAAAACAUCUCAGAGGCCUUUGAGGAUCUCAGUAAGCUGAUGGUAAAGGCCAAAGACAUGGUGGAGCUGUCCAAAUCUAUAGCUAACAAGAUAAAAGACAAACAAGGGGACAUAACAGAGGAUGAGACCAUCCGCUUUAAGUCGUACCUGCUGAGCAUGGGUAUCGCUAACCCCGUCACACGGGAAACACAUGGCUCAGGCACACAUUACCACAUGCAACUGGCUAAACAACUGGGAGAUAUGCUCCAGGCCCCUCUGGAGGAACGCGGAGGCAUGAUGGCACUCACUGAGGUCUACUGUCUGGUCAACCGGGCUAGAGGCAUGGAGCUUUUGUCCCCAGAAGAUUUAGUAAAUGCAUGCAAGAUGUUUGAGUCCUUGAAGCUCCCAUUGAGGCUGCGUGUAUUUGACAGUGGCGUGAUGGUGGUCCAGCUGCAGUCUCACAGCGAAGAGGAAAUGAUCGCCUCAGCGCUGGACAAUGUGUCAGAGAAAGGAUCUUUAACAGCUGAGGAAUUUGCGAAACUCUUGGGUCUCUCAGUGCUUCUGUCUAAGGAGCGUUUGCUACUGGCCGAGAAGAUGGGUCACCUGUGUCGAGAUGACUCCGUUGAGGGUUUGAGGUUCUACCCCAACCUCUUUUGAGGCGUUUGCAUCGAUCAUGGAUUACAUAGAAAUGCAUCGGAACUAUCACGCAGAGUGUAAUCUCUGCAUCAUAUCGUGUUGAGAACUACCGUAUUGUUGUGUGUGCGUGUACCCAUUCUUCCCGAACCAAAGUGAAAUAUAUUUUAUGGCGCGAGCAAUAGACUGACCAUCGUUGCUCACAGUCUGUCAUUGAAGGAAUUUAUGUAUGAAUGAAUGUGUUGUAAAUAAAUCUCACUUGGGUCACUUUCAUAAUUGAUGUCUCUAACGCCUGUGGUCAUUUUCAUCGUCAGAGAAGGAAAAGGUUUGAAAGGCAUCUUUAAGCAAUAAAAAUCAAAACUAUGCAGGCCACGCUGAUGAGAUUAUCCUGCCACUUGCUUUAAUUGUCUGAAUUGGGAGGUCAAAUAAGGAAGGUCAGGUUAACCAAAUAAGGCCUGAACGCAUAAAUUAACUGUAUAGGGUAAACUUUCAACAUAUUAAGUGAUCUCUCUUAUAGAUUGUUUUAUACUGGACUGCAGGAACUGUAGUACUGUAUCCCAGCCAGCAAAGGAUGUUGGGUGAAUAUCUGAUUGUAAUACCUUCUUAUUUACAAUCAGGUCAACUUUUUCAUGCACAAAUUAGAGUUCAUGUUGAGAAAUAGGAGAGUGAGUUACACGAGCUGUGCUUUUAAGUGGUGGUGCAGUUUUAUUGGACUUUUACAAGGCAUUUUUAUUUAAUCUG